AUGUCAGUAGCUCCCGGCCUCGGUUCGAUACCGUCUGAACGAGCGCUGAGCCCAUUCGACACCCUCCCACAGAUCCCUGGUCUGACCGCACGAUGGUACGUUCGCACCGCAGGCUACAACGUCGUCGAGACCCGACCCAACCCUGCCAUCCUCGACGUCGGUCUGGCCAUCUCCAUGGCCCUCGGCGUCAUCGCCAAUCUUGGAUUGAUCAGCCGCUUCCUCGAACGGAAACCGUAUCUCUGCACCUGGAUCUCUAUCGUGGCCCUGACCGCGCACGAUGUGAUCAACAUCUCCAUCGUCAUCGCUUUUGGAGUCGUGCACCGCUUCUCCGAUGGUUUUGUAAGUUUUUUCCCGCCCCCCAUUUCGAACUCCGUCUCGGCGUGAUCUUGAAGUGGGCUGAUCUUUCCCCUGAUCAUCACACGUCUAGACCUAUGGUGUGGCUUACUGGAUGACUGUUGCCUCCACCGCCGCUUCCCUCACGUGCAACAUCACCCUCGUGCUCGACCUCGUGCGCACGCGCGACUUCAAAGCCAGUGGAUCAGGUUUGACCGAGAAGCAACGCGCGCUCGUCAUCGCCGUCAUGAGUCUACUCUGCUACCUCGGCCUCGGUUCUCUCGUCUUCUCCUUCAUGGAAGAUUUCUCCUACAUCGACUCACUCUAUUUCACCAUCGUCACCAUCACCUCCGUCGGCUUUGGCGAUCUCGUUCCGACGACCGUAGGCGCCAAGAUCUUUAGCUUCUUUUACGAUCUGUGUGGUUUGGUACUCUUGGCGUUCACGAUCGCGAUCGCUCGAGAGACGGUGUUGGAAACGUUCGAGGCCAACUAUCGAGCGAGGAGGGACAUGUUGGCUAAGAAAGCGAGGGAGAGGAAAGAGGAUAAGCGACGGCGGACGAGAGAAAGGAGGAUAAGGUUGGAACAGCAGUUGAGGGAGAGGUUGGAAGAGAGCCCUUUGAAUGUCCGCGACGGAGGAGUCGGCCUGUCGCCUGUCAUGCUUACGGCUGUUGCUAUGGGGGGAGGACGAGGUGGUCGAGGCCUGUCUAGGUUCGGGACGAAGGAACCUACGACCCCGACGAUCCACGCCGUGCCGAGUAAAGAGGACCGAGCGACCCAACGAGCGUUGGAUUUCGCCCUCGAGAGGGAGUCGGGUCUCUCAUUUUGGAAGGCCUCUUCGAGAUGGGUCAAGCGACGAGUCGGGAUCAUGGAGGCGUACACACCGCAUUGCGAGGGUCCCAAUCAUCACCGCGAUGCCGAUGCCGGCAAUGCGGAAACGGCCGUCGGGUCCUCCGAGCACAAGCUCGGCCAUGAGCUAACUCGAACGAUCACGUCCGAAUCGACCGUCAGUCGCGUUCAUGACGAACACCUCAAAUCGCUCAAGGAAGAACUGCAACAUGAGCAAGAAGUCGAAUUGAGGACCAAGAUGUCUUUGGCGUUGUCGCUCUUCCUCGUCUUUUGGCUCGUCGGUGCCGCCGUCUUUCAUUUGACCGAAGAAUGGACCUACUUCAAUAGCAUGUGGUUCUGCUUCAUCUUUUUCACGACGAUUGGGUACGGCGAUUAUUCGCCGCAGAGUAAUGCGGGGAGGGCGUUCUUUAUAGCUUGGGCUUUGUUCGGUAUCGCCAACAUGGUCAGUCGGAUUCGAGAGAAGAAGGAAAAAGAAAAAACCCUGUCGCUGACCUGAGUGGUUUUUGCAGACCCUGACUUUAUCGGUCGUUACCGAGUCAUGGUCCUCACGGUACAAAUCGACCAUCAUCGAUGGCAAACGGCGUCGCGUACUCGGUCGUCUGAGGAGCAUGAACACCUCCGCCGACACGAGCGCCUUGCGCCUGCUCGCUCUCGACGGUUUCCACCACGAAGACGAGAUCGAAGCCAAGGACCUGCCGACCAAAUUGAUGGACGCGAUUCGUGGAUUUCAAGAUCACGCGAGGUACUUCAUGUUAGGUCGAAUGGGCGACGUUCCCGAGAAUCUACGCCAACUCUUCGAUGCCGCCGGUCAUUUCAAUCAUGAACUCGAAGCGAUGAUUCAGGAUGGUGGGAUCGAAGGAGCGCAGUCGGGAGAUACGAAACAUUUCUUGUUCAUGGUCUCGUACGAGAGACAGUUCGACGUCCUGAUGGAUGCCGCGGAGCGUUUGAGUCAGGUCUUUAAGAGUCAUGAGGAUGAAUUGGAGAAGAUGAGGGAUUUGAACAAUAGGUUAAGGGUCGCGCUGGCUAAGGCUGAGACAGGGGAGGGGACGGAUCUGGGAGAACAGACGUUGGAUGAGCUAGGGGUCGUGGCUCCGGUCGAGAUUGGCAAGGAAGAUGGACCAAAAGAGGAGGGGUUGUUCCACAAACGCCCUCUGGGUGGAUACGGUGACGAACAGACCGAAUUAGAAGUCGAACAAACCCUCGAUGCGGACGACGACGACGACGACGAUAUCGGCGAUGACGACAGCCUCGCCAUCGGCUACAAGAGGAAAGGUCUCGUACCCGGUCCAGUUGCAACGCCCACUCCGACCAUCGCCCUGACCGACGCUGAAGAGGCGCUUCGUAGUUCCUCGGCGAUGCUGGAGCAUGUGUCGACUGUAUCGCAGGGAAGGCCCAAGUUACGCCUCAUGACCCCUUCUCCAAACGAGGCGUGGCCGGCCAACGUUGGCUCCUCCGUCGCUUCACCCUCCAAUCUACGACCACCGUCCACGCUUGGCGGUGGCGCUCGUUCGUCCAUUUGGUCGUCGGACGCACAACCCACACCUUGGUCUAAUACCAACCUUGGACGUACGCCAGCUCUGACCUUCUACGAACCCGAACGACCCUCCACGCCCUCUCGAGCACCUGCAUCGAGCCAUUCCAGCUCAUCGACCACCUUUCGAAGGUUCUCGACGGCGCCUCCGGGGAAGUGA